CGACGUGCGGGCAGGCUCUCGUAUCACAGCAGAGGCGCGCGCGCGUGUGUUCGCCUACGACAGCGUCAUCACCAUCGCGGGCACGGGAGCAUGGGAUGGCAUGGACCGCGAACAACGAGCACGUGCUGACAAGUCUGGUCGGCGAUGACGACGGAGAAGCGUUUGUGGCGGUAGCUCAGACCAAGCAGCCAUCGUCUGUCUGCCUGCUCUCCGGUCUGCCCCCUCUUUCGAGAUUGCUCGAGGAUGCAGCACGUCAAGCGAAGCAAGCGCACACUCGGGAACUCAUACGCCAAGCCAGUGCAACCUCGCUCGACUUGCCGCAGAGUCCAGUCAGUGAGGUCGCCUCGCCAAAGGACGGACAACGCUCGAGAGCCAAUAGCGAAAGCUCGUCCGUAAGCAGCAAGACGCCGGCCAAACUACGCAAGGCGCAACCCGCUCGUAAACCCAUACAGCCAUACGAGAUUAUGCGAGCUAUCGAGAAGAAGGAUCUCCAAUUACUGUUUGAAGCUAGGGAUGCUUCCUUUGAGCUGCUCGUAGGCAAGCAGCGAUCUGGCGAUACGCCCCUGCUCUAUUCGCUGCGGAUCGGACAGUCACACAGAGACAUAUCUAUACUGCUUGUGGGCGCACUUUCGCGCUUUAUCAACCAGCUCGACGAGGGGCCGAUCGACAGGAAGACCCGCGACUUGCUCAAAGCCGUUCGCGCCAAUCUGAAGCUGGCCAUCAACUACUCGCUGGCGGUCAACCAGACUGAUCUCAUCUCGUCAUAUCUGCAAUGCAUCGUCAUGAGUGAAGGCGACCACUUCUUACGCGAUACAGCCAAUGCCGUCGCAUUGGCACUACGGGCGGGUAAGCAGGGCAGGCCUGUCGCCAUGGCUCGCAGGGCGAUCCAGGCUUUCGCAACGGCCGAAUUCCGAAGUCUCAGCCGGACCGAUAUGAUAUCUGACGCCGAGGCGUACCUUGGCAAUUCUGCUGCAGACCUUGUCAUCAUGGGCCUUUGGAAUCUCGUGCUCGAUCACUACAAAGCAGGCGAGGCUCUGCCGUACUACCAAUUCAGCCGUGACGAUCGUCUGUUCAAGACCUUUGCAGACCGCAUCGAAGCCGCCAAACGGGAUGCUCACUAUCGCAAUAAGGCGACCAAGCUGCUAAAGAGUCAGAUCGAAGUCCUACUCACUGUUAUGGCGCCUCGCACACGCAACUUUCGAGAAAAGGUCGAACAGCUACAGGAAGCUCUAGACGGUGCGCCGUAGGUCGACACCCCAAACAACGAGCCAAUCGCAUCUCAGCCUCAGACAAUACGUCGCAAAGCCGGCGCAGGCCUGGUUCCGACCGCCUCGCCAGCUUGUGAGCGCUAGCUCUGACUGCUCCCGCGUCGCGUGCACAGUAUAGCAGUACACACCGCAUGCCGAGUUGUCCUGCAUAGCACAGUGACAUGCAUCGCAUUACACGAA